UCGAUCACCACCGUCCGAUUAUUCAGAUCGGACGGACCACCCCUUCCCACGUCGACGAGCCUCGCCUAUACUUGUCGUUCCCAACGAGUCCGCCACGCAGCUGAGACCAACACAACCUAGGGCACACGCCACACGAUCUCGCGGAACCCCGGCGGCCGGCGAUGUCGACGGUGAUGACGCAGAUAUUUGUGAAAGGGCUGACAGGGAAGACGACGGCUCUGAGGAUGGAGCCGUCGGAUACGGUGGAGAGCGUGAAGGUGAAGCUCGUGGACAAGGAGGGGCUUCCGCCAGACCAGCAGCCGCUCAUCUUCCAGGGGCAUCAGCUGGACGACGGCCACACGCUAAUCUACUAUGGUAUUCAGGAGGAGUCGACGCUGCACCUCCUCGGUCGCAUCUGUGGUGGCGGCGGCGGCAACAAGAAGCGAAAGAAGAAGGCGUACGCGACACCUAAGAAGGGAAAGCAUGAGCACCGCAAGGAAGAGCUUGCGGUGCUCCGUCACUAUCGUGUCGAUGACGUGAUGGGGAAGGUGGAGAGGCUACGACUGAUGUGUCCUAACCCAGAGUGCAAAGACGUUGGCGCACUUAUGGCGAAGCACCACGACUGACUCACCUGCGGCAAGUGUGGACUUACCUGAUGAACUGAAAAGUGGAGAGGAGAUGUUUUAAAAGUUGAUACCUAGAAAUGAUAAAUCCUCAAUUUUAAUUUAAUUGAAUUUUAGCCAGAGGAUAUGAAAUAAAAUUAGUACUUCAAAAGAUCGUGUGAGAGACGGAUAUUAUUUAACGUUUUCUUUUAUCGUUUGAAUUGGUUAAUUAGUUGCUGAUAUUUUAAUUUGGU